AUGGAUGGCGCAAGUGAGAUAAAUCUAAAUGAAGAAAUCGUUAUGGAGAUCCUACUGAGGUUGCCCGUCAAAUCAUUGAUCAAAUUCAACUGUGUUUGUAGAGGUUGGCGUGAUUUGAUCAAUAGUCGUCGCUUCAUCAAUAUGCAUCUCUGCCUUGCGCAAAGCACGGAGUACAUAAUCAUCAAGCGUUUAAGAGACGAAGAUAACAAAAAUGUGUUGUCAUUCCAUUCUCCAGCUGAUGAAUCUCUUCUAGCUGCAGCCCCUGAAUUGGAGCUGCCUGAACUUGAUGAAGCUAAUUGGCCCCUGCAGCUAAUUGGCCCCUGCAAUGGGAUAGUUUGCCUCAGGGAUUUUCAUGAAGGAAUACAUUUGUGUAAUCCAAUGACGCGAAAAUUUCGAACACUUCCUCAGAGUUCCUUUGGCAGCCCAGGGGGAUUCCUCCGACAGACACAUGUUGUGGGGUUGGGGUUUGACAGCACUAUUGACGACUUCAAGGUCGUCAGAAUUUUUGAAUCCUCCCUUUAUGAUUUUCGAGCCGAGAUAUACAACUUGAGUACUGAUUCUUGGAGACAAGUGGAUGCCAUUCCACCACCAGUUAUACUUCGCGAUUGUUUCGACCUACUUUUCAACGGAUUUUUCCAUUGGAGCGCAGGCCCGGAAUCUAGCCCGCAUAUUCUUUCGUUUGAGAUGGGAGCUGAGGUAUUCAAAGAGAUCAAGUAUCCUAAUGGCUGGCUAGGAGAACAAGCAGAACCACGGUGGGUAGAGCACAGUCUUGUUGUUUUAGAUGAUUCCAUGGCGUUGAUUUUAUUUUCAAGAGGCAGAUUGUUAGAUAGUGAAUUGUAUGACAAAUCAGAACAGUACAUUGAGAUAUGGGCAAUGAUGGAAUACGGUGUUGAGGAGUCUUGGGUAAAGAAGUUUUUCUUGGGACCUUUUUCAGGAAUCCAGUGCGUAUUAUCUUUUUGGAACAAUGACAAACUCCUUGCAGAUUGUUGCAAGCAGUUGGUUUCAUUUGGUAUCCAAAAUGAUUCCAAGUUGAAGAAAUAUGAUAUUAAAGGAUUUUACCUACAACUCCUAUUGAUUCUUCUUUUCAAUACUUCAAUAUGGUUGAACAGUGGCCGGGUGGUUAUUGCCAGUUCCACAGAUGCCGAAGAGUUCCUUGGCCAAAUGAUUUCACUAUCCAUGGCCUGUGGCCAGCAAACCACACUGGAUAAAAACAAAUUUGAACAACUGGACUCAAUCUGGCCUGACCUUGACCAACCAAGACCAGAAUAUGACACAGUAGGAAGUCGUGUCCUAGCCCAAUCAUUUUGGGGACAUGAAUGGAAGAAGCAUGGGACGUGUUCCGAGAACAUGUACAACCAGACUCAGUACUUCGAUCUUGCUAUUAAACUGAAGAAUCGAUAUAAUCUUUUAAGCAUUUUAGAGCAGGGCGGCUUAUCCCGGGGCCACAGUCAUGAAGUAAGUGACGUUAACUCUAUGAUUUGGCGCACAACUCAUGGGACUCCAGAUCUAAAAUGCCUGAACGACGCUCGAGUUCACCGCAAUGUGCCAAUUGUCAACAAAAUCAUAUUUUGA